CAUUUUUAAAAGGGUCACCUUUUUUUGCGCCUCUCGAUUCGCGCGAAGCUGCAGGACGCGUAUUCGCCUGCGGUCGCGGUUGCUCGCUGCACUUCGAAAACAUGGCAGCGAGACGUCUGCGAACGGUGGCCUGGAUCGGUGGAGGCUCAAUCGUCGCAGCGUGUGGCUUUACUCACUACAACGAGCUCCGGCGGACACCCGCCGCCGUCGUCGAAGCUGCGGAUCCGAAGGACACGCCAGUUCGGCCACACCUCCCUUUGCCGACCCGCGCCGCGCAGCUCAAGAGCCUGCGUGAAACGCCCGAAUUCGAUGUUCUCAUCAUCGGCGGCGGCGCUACCGGAGCCGGAGUCGCUUUGGACUCGGUAACGCGAGGUCUCCGGACCGCCCUCGUGGAGACGUACGAUUUCUCGGCCGGCACGAGCAGCCGGAGCACCAAGCUGAUCCACGGCGGAGUGCGCUACCUCCAGAAGGCCAUCAUGAACCUCGACAUCGAGCAGUACAGGAUGGUGCGUGAAGCUCUCCAAGAACGUGCGAACCUGCUCGCCAUCGCGCCUCAUCUGUCCAGCCCGCUGCCCAUCAUGCUGCCUAUCUACCGUUGGUGGCAGGUCCCUUACUACUGGGUCGGCAUUAAGAUGUACGACGUGGUCGCGGGGAAACAGUGCCUGAAGAAGAGCUACUUCCUCUCGGCCAAGCGGUGCCUCGAACUGUUUCCCAUGCUGAAGAAGGAGCACCUUUGCGGCGGCCUAGUCUACUACGACGGUCAACACAACGAUGCCCGCAUGAACGUGAGCAUCGCGCUGACGGCGGCGCGCAACGGAGCCAGCAUCGCCAACCACACGAGCGCCGUCGCGCUGAUCAAGAAAACCGACGAGAACGGGAAGCAGGUGGUCUGCGGGGCGAAGGUGAGGGACAUGCUCACGGGAGAGGAGUUCAACGUGCGCGCCAAGUGCGUCGUGAACGCAACGGGACCGUUUACCGACAACAUACGCCGCAUGGACGACCCCAACUGCAAGCCCAUUUGCCAGCCCAGCUCAGGCGUUCACAUAAUCUUGCCCGACUACUACAGUCCCGACAAUAUGGGCCUGCUCGAUCCUGACACGAGCGACGGACGCGUCAUAUUUUUCCUCCCCUGGGAGAACACGACCAUCGCCGGGACAACGGACAGACCUUGUCCGGUCACGCACAACCCGGCGCCAACGGAAGACGACAUCAUGUUUAUCCUAAGCGAAGUUCGUCACUACUUGAACCAAGAUGUGGUUGUGCGCCGGGGGGACGUCCUCUCUGCGUGGGCUGGUAUCAGGCCGCUUGUUGUCGACCUGAACAAGAGCGUACCGGGGAAGACGGAGGCUAUCGCGCGAAAUCACAUAAUAUACGUUAGCGACUCUAACCUUGUUACUAUCGCAGGAGGCAAGUGGACCACGUAUCGUGUCAUGGCUGAGCACACUAUGGAUGCGGCAAUCAAGGCCUGCGGCCUGAAGCCCCAGCAGAAGUCUCAGACCCUGGGUUUCACGCUCGAGGGCGGUCACACGUGGACGCCGACAUUGUACAUCCGCCUCGUGCAGGACUUUGGGCUGGAACCGGCAGUUGCGAAACACCUGUCCAGGAGCUACGGUGACCGUGCAGUGUCUGUCGCAAAGCUGGCUGCGCUCACGGGAAAGCGCUGGCCAGUCCUGGGACGGAGACUACACGAAGAGUUCCCAUACAUCGAGGCGGAGGUGCGCUACGCGGUGCGAGAGUACGCCUGCACGGCUGUUGACGUGAUUGGUCGCCGCAUGCGGCUUUCUUUCCUCAACGUCCAAGCGGCCCACGAGUGUCUUCCGAGGGUCGUCGAGAUCAUGGCUGAGGAGCUGAAUUGGAGCAAGGAGAGGAAGGAGCAGGAAUUACAAAAGGCCAAACAGUUCCUCGACAUCGAGAUGGGCGGUGACGUGAACAAGGAGUCGCAGAAGAAGAUCCCCAUGACCUUCACGACGUCCGAGGUGGAUCAGUACAUCCAGAAGUUCCAGGCCAUAGACAAGGACCGCAAGGGCUACAUUAGUGUGGUCGACCUGCGUCGAAGCCUCAAGGCUGCAGGAGAGUCCGUGUCGGAACUGCAGUUGCGAGAAAUGCUGAACGAGGUGGAUCUGAAUAAGAACGGUCAGAUUGAGCUUAGCGAGUACUUGGAGUUGAUGAAUGCCAUCAAGACCGGCUCCAUCGCGGGAAGUCGGCUUGCCCAGGUUGUUGACGUGGAGUACUCGAGGACACUGACCGUUGACAGAAGUGGGGGCGGUCUCUAAGUCACACUGUGAAACCUGUAGUUCUCCCCUGUUACUCGGAACCCCACGUAGAGAAACAAUCCCUGCCACUUCUCUUUCUCUCGGCAUGAGCUACGUCACUACUCCUUAUGCUCACGGGAAGUACGGUGUUUGCCAACAUUGGUUGGGGUUUCCUUGCCACCUUUUUACUUGUUCCAUUCUCCUUGAUGAGAACUAGAACAGCCUGCCAAGGUCAUAUUGACAGCUCCCUUUUUUUCUAGAAGUAUUUCUAUUGAAUAGAGAUUGCUUGUCUUUGUAGAUUUACUGCCUUUUCACUCCCAUGCUGUGUUCAUUAACCGUACAAUAAGCAGUUUUAUCAGACCCAGUAUUCGUGUUUUGCUGUGGAAAGCCAUGAGCUAUGUACGUCUAUAAUUAAACACGGAGGCAGAUUUCCACACCGGAGUGAUAGAGGGCACCAUUUUUCUGCCCCAUUUGGUGCAUCUCAAAUUGCUUUGCUAAACCAUGUCUUGUCUGUUUGAUUCGUACUGCAGAUAUUAUUUACCUUGCUCUUUUUGAAAAUGUCAACGUGUUUUGCCACAUUCUUCCACAAUGUGUUGUGUGUGUCUCUGUUAAGCCAUUUUUUUCUAUGUGAUGUCCUUGUAGAAACGUUUGAAGCCACUCUGUAAGCGGUAACACUUUUCCUGUUCUUUGGAAAAGGGUUCUUAUAGCACAGCUCUUGAUCUACAGCUUUCAAUUCACUAUCGUUCUAAACGUCAAAAACAUUUUUUUAAGAAAACAGAAGCUGCACAACAGCCUCGCUAAAUGGCCGUGACAGGUUCGGUGGCAUGCAUAGUGGCUUUGAAACUUCGAAAUUAGGACUACACCUGCUUUUCUCUUGCUGGCAGUCCUUAUUUCUGCGCAUAAUUCUCUUCUGCCCACUGUGAUAAAAAAAUGGAUGCUUCCAUCGUGGUAGCUUCAGCAACAUCACUCAUUUGUGGCAGCACUUGUGGAUACGUCUGUUGCUUGGUAUGAAACACUUGUUCUUCGUGUACGUUGAAAUUCAUCCGAAUGGCAUCGUGUUUGUUUCAGGUGCCGAGCGUAGCGCCAUUGUGAUAGUGACUAGUCGUAGGAUAUGAUCUUUGCUUGUUAAAUGCAGACUGUGUAGCUUUUUUGCCAGAUCUGCUUGACCCGGUUCUGAUAGCUUUUUGUAAUCUUCUAUAGUUUAUGCAUUGCUUGUACUGUACAAAUUGCCGCUCAUUGAAAGGCAAGUGUACUUACAGAAAGUCAAUGGAAUGGUCUUGCACGUGUAAGAUAUUUGUUUUAUUGAUACUUUAUGCCACUUGUCUUGAAACUCGCUACCAGCAUGUGAAGUGCCCAUUUUUUUUUUAGGCACAUGUCCUGUCAUGCUGCAGCUUGUGUUCACGCGCGUUGUUUACUGGCACUAAGUGUAGGGAGACGUUAAGUGUUUUAAAUUAAUCUCACUGAGUUAGUGUUUAAAGUAAAUAAUGAAACCUUUAAAGCCAUCAUUCUGUUGCGUGGCAAAGCAUGGAAAAGAAAGUCUGGUGUGUUCUUUCUGAUGGCACUAUGUGAUCUUUCACUUCAGACACGACAGCCACGCUGUUAUUCAUUAUGAUGAUAUAGUGUGCGAAUGGCAGUUGCCGCAGUUUAUUCCUCAUUAGUGUUCAUGCAUUGUUGUGGUUGCAUCAGGCACGACCUGUCUCUGAUCAGUGCACGCUGUUGUGGAAUGAAAACUGACUCAUUCGUAUUGUUCCUUUACCGCAGUGAUGCUUUUGCUGUAGUGCACGAACUUUAGCAUAUAAAAUAAAGUUUACUGCUAUAAACA